AUGGAGCAGGCGAGUUGUGUUGCGACGAUGGCAUCCAUUGAUGAUGCUAUGGCGAUAGUUGGCUUGAUAGUUGCUACAAAAAAACUGAAAAGAUCUAAAAGGCAUCGAGCUAUAUGGUGUAAGAACUAUUUAAUGAAAAGAGAACAUUAUUCACACAUCAAUUUAGUGAACGAAUUGGAAUUUGCACCCAAAGACUGGCAUAACUACCUGCGUACGAAUGAAGAAACUUACUUGAAGCUUCUAUCGAUGGUUACUCCACUUAUUAAAAAGCAAGAUACUGUAAUGCGAAAAGCUAUAUCGCCACACGAAAGAUUGACAGCAACUCUGAGGUUUCUCGCAACUGGAAGGAAUUACGAAGACCUAAAGUUUACAACAAUAUCACCCCAGGCGUUGGGUGUUAUUAUUCCAGAAACAUGUGAAGCGAUAUACAAAGUACUGCGGAAGGAUUAUUUUAAGUUUCAAUGGAAAAAUAUAGCAAAACAUUUUGAAAAUAGGUGGAAUUUUCCACAUUGCCUUGUCGCCAUAGACGGGAAAUACAUAGACAUUAUUCCUCCAAGUGGAAGUGGCUCCUAUUUUUAUAAUUAUAAAGGUCGACACAGUAUGGCACUUCUUGCAAUAGUGGAUGCUAGGUACCAAUUUAUAAUAUGCAGCUUUGGUGUUAACGGCAGGAUAUCAGACAGAGUUCUGCAGAAUCACGAAAACCUAGAAGAUGGAACUAUUACAACAGGUUUAACAUCACAUGAUUCAAACAUGGAGCCAUUAUAUCGACGAAACUCUGGAAAUAAAAUAAUGCAACUGCUGCCAAAAAUGUUAGAGAACAGUAUGUACAUUACUUUAAUAACGAGAGGAGUGUACCUUGGCAAGAUAACUUUAUUCCUUAAACCCACAGAGAAAUGUUACCUUGUAAAUAUUUACAUUAAAUAA